AUGGAGGAUGGGAAGAUAAUAUUGGUAGGUAAUGAAACAGAUAUUUUACACUGCGGAUACAGCCAUGCGUUAAGUGACGGUGGAAAAAGGUAUCCUUCUGCUGACCACUAUGCUCAUGCGAUGAUACUUACACAGCUUGGCCUCGAUGAAGCCUUAAUACUUGAGCUUCUCUGUACAUCAAGUUCAGAGGUUCCUGUGAAGGCAAACCAACUACUAAGGGAUAACAUGCCAGCUGGUCAUGAUAUGAACUCUUUAGCUAGUUAUUUACAAACGAGUCGGCAGUCAUACACUAUGCAAGGUCUUAGGCUACGUGUCGAGCAGGACUCUGCAUUUGAAAAAGCGUUAAUGGGCACCAAAGAUGCUCUUUUAAUUGUCUGCGACCCAAGAGACAGUGAGUUGGGAAUCGGAAUGGACGAAAGUACAUUCCUUGAGUGGAUGACUAAAGAAAAAGCUGAUGCUGAGAUGUUAGGUUACUGGAUGCGGAAUGAAAGAACUCGUCCUCCUGCUUUAGGUCAUAAUCAGCUAGGCUAUUUCCUUAUGUGGUUAAGGUAUGAGGUGGCGGAAAAAAAACGCGCUUUUUUACUUAGCACACAACCUGUUGAAGUUGAUGGAAUCUCCACGGACCAGAGCGGUGACCCUGUCCGUAUAACGACUUCCGAGCUUGUUUUGUCGUUACAAGGCAUUUUCCGACCCUUAAGUAACUAUUAUGCAUUGCCUUUUGACAUGAAAGGAGAACGUUACCGCUCGGUAGAACAUUAUGCUUAUCAGAGGUUAUUUGAUGCAUUGAGGCUGGACGAUAAGUGCAUUGGUGAGUUGGGUGAUAGUGUCGUCGAAAGUAAAAUGGGACGUUUGGAUCGUUGGAGACAGUCAGCGAUGAAACAUAAAAUGACUAGGAAUGAGGGUCUUCAACAGUUGUUGCUUUCUACUGGUCACGCACUUUUAGUUGAUACAGUGGAUGGUGAUCCGUCAUGGACUUGUGGAGUUGAUGAGUUUGAACUGCAGCAUCUUCUCACAAAACAAUACAUCAAUGCUAAAACUAUAGUUGACUGGAUAACUGAACGUGUAAAACCUCCCACAACGGGUAAUAAAACCGGCCUUUUGUUGAUGGAAUUAAGGGCUAAAUUUGCUGCUUCAUUAUCUACUCAAAAUAGGAUCCCGUUGGUUUCACCCCUCUCUACUGCAGCAGAGUUACGCACUUUGAUAACCUCCCAUAUGAUAUGUUUCACCGCUGAAAGUGUUUUCCAUUUCUUGUAUCCAGCGAUGGUCAGGCCUCCAAACUCGGCAGAUCUGCUUCCUUCACCCGCCCAUUAUGUUGCCAAGCAUGCUACAAAAUACUUCAACAUGUGCCCGGAAGAUGCAGAAUGGGUUUUGGAAAAUUCUCACAGCACAGAGUGUUGGCAUAGGUUAAAUUAUAUUAUCGAAAAAGGCACAGCGUCACUCGAUAAGAUUCAGGGAUGGUAUAUGGAUGAACGCCAGCGCGCAAUUAAAAUAGCUUUAGGAUUAAUGUUUGAGCAACAUCCGCCUUUGAUGCGUGCACUUUUAGACACUCAGGAUGCUUUAUUAGUUUAUUGUUCAAGAUUUUCUUCUUUGGAAGCUGAGUUGUCUAUUGGAAUGCGGGAAAGAGAUCUGCGGUCUUGGCUUGCUCAGAUAGAUCUUGAUACAAAACAACUUUUUGACUCAACUUUGCGGCCGUUAGCGUUUCGGCCACCUUACCUUGGAGGAAAUCGUCUUGGUUGUAUAUUAAUGGAACUACGGCGAGAAUUCACGUUGCGUGGCGUUUUCCCACAUCAACUACCUGAAUUGCAAAUCGGUGUGGAAACGAUAUUGGGCUCUGAAUCUCCAGCUGAGAACUAUGUUGCAUCUUAUCCUUUUGAUAUUUUGGACCCUGAUAACUUUGUAGCCCUCUGGGCAAAUCCAUUCCUUUUGCUGGCAAAACAGAAAAAGGACACGGAUUUAUGGAAUCAGGCCAAUUCGAUAAAAACGGCCCCAAAAUUAAUAUCAAUAGAUAAUUCAAAGCUGAAUGGAAUCAUUGAAGAACUUGACGCUGCCGACAGAGUGACUGAAGAGAGUUUGGAAACUUUUGCAGUAGAAGACUUACGUGCUGUUUUAAUGUUUAUAGCUACUCGAAUGAGGCGAAGGCUACAUGACACUGAAACACAAGAAAAUGAAAUGAACGCUCUUGCUCGGGAAAUAACUCAAAUGCAGAACGUGCGAAGAUCGUUAGAGGAGAGGAAACAACAAAUGGAAGGUGGGUCAGAAAGGAGAGAAAAACGUGAGCAGGGGAUUCCUUCUAACCGAGCAUCCCCUGUUCCACCGGCUAGGUCGCACUCUCCGCCACGUAAAUGGGAACGUAAAGGCGGCUCUUCGAAAAGACACUCUCCUGAAGAAAGACCAGUUGUAAAACGAAGAAGUCCACCAUUGAAAAUGACACCUGUAACUCCCCCAAGAAGCAGUAGUCCACCUCCAAAGCAAAAGCCUUCUAAACCUCCUUUGGAGGAGGGAGAGUUGUCCGAAGGUGAAAUAGUAAGCGACUAG